AUGUCCUGGAUCGAUAAAUUAGGCAUUCUCGGCAUUCGAUCGUUCAGCCCCGAUGAUCCUGUCUACAUUCAGUUCAGUUCACCGUGUACAGUGAUUUAUGGACCUAAUGGCACGGGUAAAACAACCAUUAUUGAGGCUCUCAAAUAUGCAUGCACUGGCGACCUACCUCCAAACAGUAAACAAGGUGCCUUUAUUCACGAUGUCAAGGUACGAAAUCUACUGCUACUUUGUCAUUCGCAUAUUAUCGUAUAA